AUGUUCGCCUAUUUUAGCAAGCGAAUUGCAAUACCCAGCGGCACUAAUGUUACUGCUGUUGGUUGGAAUGAGACGCAAGGCUGGUUUGCCUGUGGCGGCGAAGGGGGUCUGCUCAAGGUUAUGAAGGUCGACAGCGGGACCCAAGCUCAAAAAAAUGGUAGCCUCUCGAUUAACCAAACCCUCGAGGGGCACAGUAAAACCGUCUGCAUUGUAUGCUGGAACCAACUCUAUCGCAAACUGACGAGCUGCGAUGAAAGUGGACGAAUUAUCGUUUGGACGUUGCACAAGGGAAUGUGGUUUGAGGAGAUGGUUAACAACCGCAAUCAAAGUCGUGUGGUGGAUCUGUCCUGGAGCGUGGAUGGAAACAAGAUCUGCGUCGCCUACGAGGAUGGCGCCAUUGUUGUGGGCUACGUGGACGGCAGUAGGCUGUGGAACAAUGACUACCAAUACCAGCUCGCCAAGGUAUGUUGGAGCCCAGACGACCGCUACCUACUCUUUGGCACUAGUAAGGGGGAGGUCUUUGUGCACGACGCUGUGGGUGGUCAAUAUAUCAGUCAGGUUAACAUUCAGUGCGAGGAGUCGCCAGCGACGCUGGCUGCGCUGCUCUGGCAUCCGGCCUGGGUGGAAAGGCCGGAACCGCUGCCUACCCUGUCCAUAUGCUACACAUCCGGGAAAAUGCAACUAAUGGAAGGCAUCAGAGAUGAACGAGCGCACCUGAUUCAGGUUAACAUGACGGUUGAGCAUGUCGCGUGGAACCCGCAGGGAACAGUUGUGGUGGUGUGUGGCGUGUCGGAUAGCGUGGGAGAAGAUACGCAAAGUAUCGUAACUCAGUUUUUCAACAACGAGGGCAUUCGUCUGCGCACGCUGCGAGUAAAUGGCCGACACUGCGGCGGUGUGACGUGGGAAGGUGAUGGGCUUCGGGUCGCCAUUGCAGUGGACUCUUCGAUCUACUUUGCCAACGUGCGUCCGUAUUACAAGUACUGUUACUUCAAGAAAACCCUGGUGUUCUCCUUCAAUCGUCCCGACAAGGUUGAAGACACCGUUAUGUUCUGGAACGUCAAGAACAACGGGAGGACAGUGAAGCAUGUCCGGAAACUGCUUUUUCUGAUGUCCCAUAAGGACGCGUGCGCCAUGGUGAGCUGCCCAGACCCCAAUCAAGCACAGUACAUGGUGCAGCUCCUCAACUCGAUUGGAAGUCCUAUCGGGAUUCAGUUUACGGACAUUGAACCUCUGGUGUCUUGCAUGAACUCAUCGAAUGUCGUGUGCUGCAGCGAGGAGGCCAUUUAUAUUUGGCAAUUCCGAGACCCCAAUGCGGUCGUCGACGACCUGGACCCCAUCUCUAUGCAAGCCAGCCGCAAUAAAAGCCAAAUCCGUGUUUUCCACAUCGACGACAUUGUGCGGCCCGAAACCAUGCCUACCAUGAAGACUCGUUCCGCUAUGACCAAUGACCUCAUCUGUGCGGCGUGCAUAAAUGAGUCUCGCUUACUUAUCGGGCGCGAGUCGGGUGUCUUGCAAGUGUACACCUUAGAUCCCCUCAAUCUUGUUGGUAAGCUAGUGUUGUCAUCCCGACCCCAUUUGUUAGGGGUGAAUUGCGAUUCGACGAUGCUCACGGUGGUGGACUCUGACGGCGUUCUCCGCGUCUUUCCUCUUGAAAAGGAUAUCUCCUUGGUACCGCGCAAGGCCGUUAUGUUCCCGAAUGUCGAGCGCAAGGAUGUCUGGGGUGUGUUAUGGGCCUCAGACGAUCCAAAUUCGUUCAUCGUAAUGGAAAAAACGCGUGUAUAUAUAUUCAACGGACUAGAGCCGGAUAAGAUGGUUCAUUCGUGCGCCAAUGUAUGUAAGUUCCGCUCUUUGAAAGCUCGGGCGGUCCACUUCGACGAACUCAUGCUCGAUCCGGAGCGCCCACGUAAGGAGUGCUUGGUUGACUUCGAGACCAAGACUCUGCGAGAUAUGCGCGAGGUGCUGGAAAAGGAGUCUAUUGAUAAGGCUUUUGCAUUCGUGAAUAAGCAGUCACAUCCCAAGCUGUGGUCUAUUUUUGCCGAACACGCGCUGAUGAAGCUCAACUUCACCUAUGCGGAGAUGGCGUUCAUUAAAGCUCGUGAUUACCCUGCCAUCCAGUUCGUGAAACGCAUCCAUUCGAUGGACGACAAGAGAAAGCAAGAGGCUGAGAUCCACGCCUAUUUCCACCGUAUAGACGAGGCGGAAAAGAUCUACCGUGAUAUGGAUCGCAAAGAUCUAGCGCUGGAGCUGCGCUUCCGGCUGGGCGACUGGUUUGGUGUCGUGCGGCUUGUGCAGGAAGGCGGUGGCGAUGAGGUCCUGAUGUCAAAAGCAUGGGAGAACAUUGGAGACCAGUACGCGGAUCGUCAAAAGUGGUCCAAAGCCGCACAGUACUAUACGCAGUGCCGUAGCUACCGCAAGCUAGCUAAAGUCUACUAUCUAGUUCAGGACUACAAUAUGCUGGUGCAGCUGAUUCGUACGGUCGAACACGAUAAGGAGCUGCUGAUUGAGCUAGGGCAGAUGUUCCUUUCGGUUGGGAUGGCUGAGGAAGCGGCACGUGCCUUUUUGGCCGCCGGCGAGCCCCGCAUGGUGGUUGAUGGCUGCGUCAAGCUGAACAUGUGGGAUCGGGCGAUUUUGCUCGCAAAGGAGCACCAACUGGAGAAUAUGGAAAAACUCCUAAACAGCUACGCCCAGCACCUUAUCAAGAAGGAGCGCUUUUCCGAAGCCAUCGAGCUCUUUUGCAAGGCAAGCCAACACGACCAGGCGGCGAGGCUUCUCGCGCAGCUCGGCCAGCGUGUAGCUCAGACGGACCCGCUCCGAGCCAAGAAGUUCCACGUCCUCUCCGCACUAGAAGUCGAGAAGUAUCGCAAGAAGAAGAUGGGAUUGGGCAGGGAAGGCGCCGAGGUCGUGCAUGAGCUCCUGCAAAGCGAUCAGAAGGGCGUGUCGGAGCGGGCCCUGGAUUCGGCCUGGCGCGGGGCUGAGGCCUACCACUUCUUUCUGCUAUGUCAGAAACAAAUUAUGGAAAACAACCCGGAGACGGCCCUUGUGGUGGCCAUGCGAUUGAUGGAGUACGAUGAUUUGAUCGCCCCGAUCGAUAGCUACAGCCUUAUAGCCUUGACUAGCUAUAUGGCUUCAAACUUUGGGAUAUGCAGCCGUGCCUUCAUACGCCUAGAAAUGGCAGAACGCAACGACGAGGAGGGCAACACUGGAGGAAUCGUGCAAAACAACUUCUCACUUGAUUUAGAUGUAACACAGAAAACCAUGGCUGGUGCAACGGUUGCUGAAUCUUCGGCGGGGGCCAGCACUUUGGGAGGAACUACCGGUGUGGCGACUUCCUUGAGCAGCGUUUCCGCGCUCAGCGGGACUACGACUUCAGCCAUAAACAUCACGAACAAUACCGGUGGUGUCUCGAGCAUGACCUCCCUUACGUAUCCCACCGUAUCCCUCAACGAACCGUCCCGACGUUUCGCCAACCUAGCGAUUCAAAUCUUCACCAAGCAUCAUCCGGUUGAUACGUCGAUUGAUAGUGUCCACUGCCCACGGUGUGGUACCUUUAACAAGGAAUGGGCCAACUCGUGCGUGAAGUGCGAAGAAAAAUUUGAUGUCUGCAUCUGCACGGGCCGCUGCAUCACAUCGAAGCAGGCGGCCUGGCAAUGCGCUAGCUGUCACCACAAGGCAUUGGAUAUUGAGGCUGAGAGCUAUGCGAAUUGUCCUUUAUGCCAUACCCCAAGGUUGACACGAAUAAAGCGCGGCUUUUGA